GCCAUUUUCGUCAUUCAAGUCAAACACAUGUUCCAUACAAAUCGUUUGUGGCGUUCGCGCUAUGGUGAGGAGAGUUCCAGGGUGUUUGCAUGUUGUGUGCGCAAUUUGGACACUUGGCUUCGAAACCAAAUCGCAAGUAGUUGAAACGGUGGAAAUCAAUGACUCUUCGAAAGCGGAAGAGCAGCAGGCCAUCUUGGCCAAAGCUCCCAAGGAUGCCGAGUCUGCCACGGCGUCAAACGGUCUAAGUCUAGAGGUGAGCGCUUUGCCAGAUGCUCUGCCACGCGCUUUGCGAAGCACUUCAUCCAGCCAGAGCAAGAACUUCAUCUCCGCUCAGUCAGACUUGGAAGUCGGUCUGGGCUCCCUGGGUCAGCUCCAACAGCUCCAACAGCUCCAACAGCUCCAACAGCUCCAAGGUCUCGAAGCUCAGUCAAUGCGGCAGCUCGAGGAUUCCAAGAAUUUUGACUCGAACCACAACCUGGCAGACCUGGCAGACCUGGCCUCUCAGAACAAAGCUUUGAUGGAGAUUCAGCUGAAAUACUUUUUGAACAUGAGCUGUGACAUGGGAUUCAAAGACCAAAUCUCCUCCAAGUCCGAGUUGUCCCACAUGCUGCAGAGGUGUCCUGAAGACGUUCCGGAGAGCGAUCCCUGUGCUUCCGCAUCGAUUUGCACUGGCUUCCACAGGUGUUUUGGUGCAAAGCGAGGCUUCCUUCAAUGCCAGCCUAAGCCAGACUCUGAAGUCCUGUGCCAGACAGGGCCAAACUGUUUGCCAGAAUGCCUUGGAAAGAAGCUUGGAAAUGAUGAUGACGAUUGCGCCUUGCAGCCCGUCAACAAGUGCGAAGGCUAUGUUUGGCGUAGGGGUCGUGCGACUCAGUGCAGGGUGAAGCCUGGUGGGAAUCCAAGUGGCGCAGAUAUUUGUUCAAAUGCCCAUAUUUGCGGAGAGAGGUAA